AUGUCUUUCCUGGUCUUUGGCGACCAGUCAUUAGACACGCAUAUUUUCUUGACCGACUUUUGUCAACAUGGGAGACCUAGUGUGCUUUCGAGAUCUUUCCUUGAGCAGGCUGGCUCUGCCCUUAGGGAAGAAAUCGAUAGAUUACCAAGUCUCCAGCGAAAUAGGAUACCAGAUUUCUCCACGAUACUCGAACUAAAUAAGUUAUAUCACGCAGGAACCAUCAAAAGUCCUGCUAUAGACAGUGCGCUUUUGUGCAUUGCUCAGUUGUCGCAAUACAUUGAUCGCCACGAGAAAGAACAUGGAGAUUCGACCAGUCCUAGUGAAACCUGCCUUGUUGGCUUGUGCACCGGACUUUUUGCUGCCGCUGCAAUUGCUUCUUCCCAAUCGAUCUCUCAACUAAUACCCAUCGCUAUUCAAGUGAUGUUGAUGUCAUUUCGAACGGGUUCAUACGUCGCAGCCCUCGCCGACAGGCUCGAUAGCCGAUCAGAGUUGCCAGAAAGCUGGACUUACGUCGUUCCCGCUGCCCAGGAGAGCGAGGUAAAUUCGACACUCAGUGACUUUCACAAAGAAAACGAAACACCUAUAGUAAAUCAAGUGUAUAUUAGUGCAACAACCUCAAAAAGCAUUGCGAUAAGUGGGCCUCCUUCCACAUUGAGAUCACUUUUUGCAUCUGAGGCUUUCCAAGCGAAACCAGUCUCCAUUCCUGUUUACGGCCCCUACCAUGCUCCCCAUCUUCGUUCGAGUUUGAAUGUAGAGCAUAUUUUACAUUUAAAAGAUAAAAAAGUCCGAGAAGCGUUUGGAAAUCUCAAGACUAGAUUUCCUGUGAUUUCUUGUACGACCGGGACUUGGUAUACCGAACAAGAGCCAGAAUUGCUACUCCAAGCCAUUCUACUAGAGAUGCUGACAGAGCCAAUUUUAUUCAGCAAAAUUCUUCAAGGGUGCGUGCAGAAAGGAAAAGAGUUCCAGGGCCGAGAGUGCCUGAUUAUUCCAUUCGGGCCUACGAGUGCAGCCAAAGUCUUAGCAGCGGUACUAGAAUCUCAGACGGAACUUGACAUAACUUUGCGAUCGCCCCAAUCCGGAAAUCAACAGGCAGCUAAGCAAAGAAGCUCGAUGGAAGUUUCUCCAGGGAAAUGCAAGCUUGCCAUUGUCGGAAUGGCUGGAAGGUUUCCAGAUGCUGCAAGUCACGAAAAAUUAUGGGAAUUACUUGAAAAUGGCCUAGAUGUCCAUCGAGAGGUACCGAAAGACAGAUUCGAUGUUGCGACACAUUUCGAUCCUACAAGCAAAAUCAGAAAUACCAGUCAUACUCCUUACGGGUGUUGGAUUGAGAAUCCAGGACUAUUCGAUCCCAGAUUUUUCAACAUGUCCCCUCGAGAGGCAUAUCAAACGUGUCCUAUGCAACGUCUUGGUCUUGCAACAGCAUACGAAGCUCUAGAAAUGGCUGGUUACGUUCCAAAUAGAACCCAUUCCACAAAGCUGGAUCGAAUUGGUACAUUCUACGGGCAGACGAGUGACGACUGGCGUGAGAUAAAUGCAGCCCAAGAUGUGGAUACGUAUUUCAUUACGGGAGGUGUAAGAGCCUUCGGACCUGGUCGAAUCAAUUAUCAUUUUGGAUUUUCAGGACCAUCUUUCAAUAUCGAUACAGCUUGUUCCUCUAGUGCCGCUGCGCUCCAACUUGCCUGUACAUCUCUAUGGGCCGGAGAUUGUGAUACAGCCGUCGUUGGUGGUCUCUCGUGUAUGACGAACCCAGAUAUCUUUUCAGGACUUAGUAGAGGGCAAUUUUUGUCAAAAAAUGGACCAUGCGCUACUUUUGAUCAUGAUGCGGAUGGUUAUUGCAGAGCAGACGGAAUUGGGACUGUUAUCAUCAAGAGGUUGGAUCAUGCACUAGCUGAUAAGGACAAUGUUUUGGCUGUUAUUCUUGGAAGUGCUACCAACCACUCUGCAGACGCUGUUUCUAUCACCCACCCUCAUGGAGGAACACAAGAGAUUCUCUACAAGCGUAUUUUGAAUAAUGCGGGUGUUGAUCCCAAUGAUAUUGACUACGUGGAAAUGCAUGGUACUGGGACUCAAGCCGGCGAUGGAACGGAGAUGAAAUCUGUUACCAACGUUUUCGCUUCGGCAGACCGAAAGAGAAGACCGGAUCAACCGCUGUAUCUCGGGGCUAUCAAAGCGAAUGUUGGACACGGUGAAGCCGCAUCUGGUGUCACCGCUCUCAUAAAAUGCUUAAUGAUGCUGCAGAAGAAUGCCAUACCCCCUCACGUUGGAAUUAAGAAGACUAUCAAUCAAGGAUUUCCCAAAGAUCUCAAGGAACGCAAUGUACACAUAGCCUUCAAGAACACGCCACUUCCUAGAAAGAAGUCGGGAGCUCCACGACGUAUCUUUGUCAAUAAUUUCAGCGCUGCUGGUGGAAACACCGGAUUAUUGCUUGAGGAUGCACCUGAACUUCCUUCCAAAAUUACCGACCCUCGUUCUACACAUGUUAUUGCGAUCACUGCCAAGUCUAAGUCUGCCAUGCUUAACAACGCAGAGCGUCUAAUAUCUUAUCUCGAACGAAAUGGAGACAUAAAUCUGGCAGAUUUGGCAUAUACGACUACUGCACGUCGAAUACAGCAUAAAUGGAGAAUGACGGUAACCGCAAGCGAAGUAUCCGAAGUCUCAACAGCUCUGAAAUCCAAAUUACACGAAAAAUUCAUUCCAGUGCUUCCAGAGCCACCAAAAGUUUCAUUCUUGUUCACAGGUCAGGGAUCUCAAUAUGCUGCUAUGGGUCGCGAGUUAUUCGAAAAUUCAUCCCUAUUCAAAGAAACUAUCAUGGAAUUUGAUAAUCUUGCUACAGUUCUCGGCUUCCCAUCAUUCAUCUCCUUGAUUGAUGGCAGUGUGACUGAUGCCCAAGGACUGUCACCUGUGGUGGUGCAGCUUUCAAUUGUGUGCUUGGAAAUGACAAUGGCUAAACUCUGGGAGUCUUGGGGUGUUAAACCAUCUGUUGUAAUUGGCCAUAGUCUUGGUGAAUACGCCGCACUCAAUGUUGCCGGAAUAUUGUCUGCUAGUGACACCAUUUACUUGGUUGGACGUCGAGCUCAGCUCUUGGUUGAACGAUGCACUGCUGGUACUCAUGCAAUGCUUGCUGUUCAAGGAUCGAGAUCGGCAGUGACCGAAGCAUUAGGCGACAUUGGAACCUCAGUGAACAUCGCUUGCAUCAACAGUACUCGAGAGACAGUUCUUAGUGGCGAGGCUGCUGAAGUUUCGAAUGUUUCUGAUCAACUUUGCAACUCUGGUUUCAAAUGCACGCAACUAAAAGUCCCCUUUGCCUUUCACUCUGCUCAAGUGGAGCCAAUAUUGGACCAAUUCGAAAAGUUGGCUGCAUCUGUACACUUCGGUAAAGAGAAAAUCCCUUUUAUCUCGUCCUUGUUUGGUAGAUGCCUUAACGAAUCUGAGGACAUUGACGCUGCAUAUCUCCGCAACCAUGCUAGACAACCUGUCAAUUUCUUAGAUGGACUCGUUUCGGCCCAAAAUUCAGGUGUCAUAGACGAGAAAACUGUCUGGCUUGAGGUAGGACCGCAUCCAGUAUGCUUGGGACUCAUUAAAGCUACCGUCGGUACUUCCACUAUUGCUGCUCCAUCCCUCCGCAGAAAUGAAAGUGCAUAUAAAACUCUCAGCAACAGCCUCAGCGUCUUGCACACUGCUGGUCUUGAAAUUGAUUGGAAUGAGUAUCACCGAGAUUUCAAUAAUUCAGUCCGUCUUCUCGAUUUACCCACCUAUGCAUUCGACGACAAAAAUUAUUGGAUUCAGUACGCGGGAGAUUGGUGCUUGACAAAAGGACAAUCGCCAGACAAAGCUCCUCUUCAGCUCGAGCCCCCCAAGCCUAAGCCCUCAACCUCGACCAUUCAUAACGUCGUAAGUGAAAAGAUUGAAGGAGACGUUGCCGUUGUUACUGCCCAGUCUGAUCUAGCACGCGCUGAUCUUCGUGGGGUUGUUACUGGUCAUCUCGUUAACGGCGCCAUGUUAUGCCCAUCGUCUCUGUACGCAGAUAUGGCCAUGACUUUAUGCGAGUACGGUUAUAAGCUUCUUCGGCCUGAUGUCAAGAAUCUAGGCUUAGAUGUUGGUAGAAUGAAGGUACCCAAACCAUUGAUAGCUGACCCAGGUGGAAAAUCUCAAAUACUCACUCUCACUGCUACAAUCAAUGUGGCAAAUGGUCGUGCCGACCUUCUAUUUUCAACGGGCACUGACAAAGCUCGAGUCGAGCACGCAAACUGUCAAGUCUACUUUGGUGAUACCGAAGAAUAUCAUGCCGACUUUCAACGAACUGCAUAUCUCAUUCAGUCACGAAUCGAUUGGUUACAAGAGGCUGAGAGGAAUGGCAAAGUCUCUAAAAUCAAUCGUGGACUUGCCUAUAAGUUGUUUGCUGCACUGGUAGACUAUGACCAGAAAUAUCGUGGUAUGGAAGAGGUCAUCCUUGAUAGUAUGAAGAUGGAAGCUACAUCACGUGUCGCCUUUCAAACUACGGAGCGAGAUGGGACGUUUAAAUGCAGCCCGUACUGGAUUGAUAGUGUGGCGCAUAUCUCUGGAUUUAUCGUCAAUGGUUCUGAUGCUGUUGAUUCACGAGAAAAGGUCUACAUCUCACAUGGUUGGGAUUCUUUGAGAUUCUCGGAACCUUUAAGUGCGGAUAAGACCUACCGCUCCUAUGUCAGGAUGCAGCAGCGCAAAGACAAGACUAUGGCCGGCGAUGUUUACGUGUUUGAUGGGGAUACGAUUAUCGGUAUGGUCGGUGGGUUAGCCUUCCAAGCCAUCCCUCGAAAAGUUCUCAAUAUGUUCUUGCCACCAGUAGGCGUUACCGCCGCAGCUCCCGCAAAGCCAUCUGCUGCGCUCCGGGCACCUCAAGCUCCCAAGGCCUCGAACCCAAAGGCUAUCAAGAAGGUUCAGGUGACAAAAACUAAUCUCUCGAAGGUCAAUGAAAAGCUCACGUCAAUUACUGCUCAAGUUAUGGAUAUCCUUGCAGCCGAAGUUGGCGUACAACACGAUGAACUUGUUGACAACGUCGCCUUUACCGAUCUCGGAGCCGACUCGCUCAUGGCCUUGACAGUUUGUGGAAGAUUACGGGAAGAGAUGGACAUUGAUAUUAAUUCAAACGAAUUCAUCAAUCAUCCUACAAUUGGAGCUUUCAAGUCAUUCUUAUCACAAUUCGAAGGAAAACCAUCUGUUGCUUACAGCGAAGAUCCAAGUUCGCCUGUCACUACGCCUAGUCCUGGGGAAUCAGUACACGACCCACAAGAUGACUCGGAAUUCACAGAUCCUUCAGAUGAUGAUAUAUCUACCAUUGGGGUCUUGGAUAAUCUCGGUGAUGUAAUUAGAGUUACAAUCGCCGAGGAAAUGUCGGUUGAUGUUCUAGAGGUUGCGAGUUGCCCUGAUCUCGCUUCACUUGGUAUGGAUUCACUCAUGGCUCUUACAGUGCUUGGACGAUUGCGAGAGAAGACAGGCCUAUCUCUUCCAUCUGAUCUCUUCCAGGUCAACCAGACUAUUCGUGAUAUUGAGAAGGCUCUCAACGUCGAAGCGCCUUCAAAGCCAAAGCCUAAGCUUAAAUCUAAGGCUCCAUCCGAGCAGCCAAGGCCAUCUAAACCGUCAGCCCCUAUCUCAAAAUCGAACAUGCAGUCUACUUCUCAAAGAAUAGCCAGUUCAAUCUUACUUCAAGGGAAUUUGAGGAAAGCCAGGAAGUAUCUUUGGAUGGUUCCAGAUGGAGGCGGAUCCGCAACUUCAUACACCGAGAUCCCGGCGCUCUCAUCUGAUGUUGCUGUCUUUGGUCUCAACUCACCAUAUAUGAAGACCCCAGAGGAAUUCACCUGUGGUGUAGUGGGUAUGGCUACUCACUAUAUCACAGAGAUGAAGCGUCGCCAGCCAACGGGGCCCUAUACCUUAUCCGGAUGGAGUGCUGGUGGCGUCAUCGCUUAUGAAAUAGUCAGCCAACUUACCAAAAAUAACGAAGUUGUCGAUAAGCUCAUUCUCCUUGACUCUCCGUGUCCUGAUAUUAUCGAACCUCUUCCAUCUUCACUUCAUAAGUGGUUCGCUGAAAUUGGUCUUCUUGGCGAUGGCGAUCCAAGCAAAAUUCCAGAAUGGCUUCUCCCUCAUUUUGCUGCUUCCGUGCAAGCUCUUUCGACUUACAUGCCUGAAGCAAUAGAUCCUAAGAAAGUACCUCAAGUGAUGGCAAUCUGGUGUGAAGACGGCGUUUGUAAAUUACCAACAGAUCCACGACCGGAUCCUUUCCCAUAUGGCCAUGCUCAGUUCUUGCUGGACAAUAGAACCGAUUUUGGGCCUAACAUAUGGGAUAAAUAUUUGGGUAACGAAAAGUUUGUUACCAGACAUAUGCCAGGGAAUCAUUUUUCUAUGAUGCACACGCCUCAUAUAAAGCUCCUAGGGGAUUUUAUGAGGGAGGCUCUUACCAUGUGA